GUUUCGGGUCCUGGGGCGCCGAGGUCAGGAGGUUGUUUGUUGCGGUGUCUCUCCUCCAUAUCGUCCUACACCGGUUUCCUUCGUGUUUGUAAGCUGUCAAGCUCACAGCAACAAAACCAGCUACAGUAAUCCUCGGCACAAUGGCAGUUCCUCCAGCAUAUGCAGACCUGGGAAAAUCCGCAAAGGACAUCUUCAAUAAGGGAUAUGGUUUUGGGCUGGUUAAGCUUGAUGUGAAGACUAAGUCUUCAAGUGGAGUGGAAUUUAAAACAUCCGGCUCGUCCAACGUAGACACCAGCAAGGUCACCGGAACCCUGGAAACCAAGUAUAAAUGGGCUGAAUAUGGUCUGACGUUCACAGAGAAGUGGACCACAGAGAACACACUUGGAACAGAAAUUUGUGUCGAGGAUCAGAUCACAAAAGGGUUGAAACUUACUUGCGAUACCACAUUUUCACCAAACACCGGCAAGAAGAGUGGCAAGGUCAAGACGGCUUAUAAAAGGGAAUACGUUAACGUGGGUGUUGAUGUAGAUUUAGAUUUCGCUGGUCCUACCAUCCAUGGAGCAGCAGUGGCCGGCUACGAGGGAUGGCUGGCCGGCUACCAGAUGACCUUUGACUCAGCCAAAUCCAGGAUGACCCAGAGCAACUUUGCAGUCGGUUACAAGACCGGAGACUUCCAGCUCCACACCAAUAUAAAUGAUGGCGCAGAGUUUGGCGGAUCCAUUUAUCAGAAGGUGAACGACCAGCUGGAGACUGCUGUGAACCUUGCCUGGACAGCAGGCAGCAACGGCACUCGCUUUGGAAUCGCUGCUAAAUACCAGUUAGACUCCAGUGCCUCCAUAUCAGCUAAGGUGAAUAAUGCCAGCUUGGUAGGAAUCGGAUACACCCAGACUCUGCGGCCUGGUAUGAAACUCAUCCUGUCAGCGCUAGUGGAUGGGAAGAAUAUUAAUGCCGGUGGUCACAAAGUAGGUCUAGGCCUGGAAUUGGAGGCAUGAGGAUCUUCUCAGCCGUUUCAUAAGAAGAGGAAGAAUACUGGCAGAAUCUGGCCUUGAGCGUUCCUGUGUGGUCAACAACAGAUGUGUAACGAUGAAGCCAAAACAAAGAAGAAUCCCCGUUCACAGGCACCGAUGAGAUGGAAAACCCCCUGUCAUUGUGGUUACAAUAAGUAGUCAUGUUUCAGUCACAUGUAUUUAUUAAUCAGUUACUCCUUCUGCCAAUUUAUCCUUGAUAUGAAAUUGAUAGAAAACCCCUCUGCUUGGUGUUGAAAUUUGGCUCUUGAGUUUGACAAUCCAGGAGCGGUUCCGAAAGCAGAGCCUUGUUACUUUGCUGAAGUGUGAUGAUGUAGAAUGUAAAUCUGAGACGUUAUUUUGCACAGUAGAAUAUACCUUUAUUUAUGCUCUUCCCCCUUUGUUUUAUUUGCACAUUUUAUUUGUAUUUUGGUAGUGUUGUGCUGCCUGUUGGAAGGAUCACUCCAACCAAAUAUGCUAUUAAAAAGGAAGCCAAUCUGGCUGCUCUUCACUUAUUUUCUUAGAGAGGCUUAAUUAUAGUGUGAUGAGUUUUAGACCUCUGCUACCUUGAAUAUCUGCUUCUAAGUUGCAAGACUAUGCUAAAUGGAUUUUAUUCUCCUCUGUGUGACUUGAGUGAAAGACAGAGUGAAACACUUACCUUUAUUCCCAUUUAAAGACUGUGACACUAAUCAGGGAGCACUUUGUGUGUUGGUGUGUCUACCUUUACAAUAAAGUCCUGAAAUGAA